GCCAUUUCUUCUCUCCGUUUAUUUUAUGUAUGUAAAUAUAUAACUGCCGUGAUUGUAAAUAUUUCGGAUUAAAAAACUAAUGGAAUGAAUUUACAGCAAUUUGAAAUAGUGUAUAUAAGAAUCCAUGUUAUGUACUAUAAUUGAACAUAAGUAGUGUUGAGUGGACAUAUAUAGAAUAUUAGCAAUGACCAUGAGACAAAGCACCUCACUUUCUUCACUAUCAUCAUAUGAUAAAGAUUAUUCAGCACAGAGUCACUACACAAGAAAUAAUUUAUUAUCUGGACAGUGGCAAUCUAAAGUUCCUGAAAGGAAUGUCAACAGAGAUGUACUGGUUUCAGAGGAGUACGUCAAUGAUCGACAAGACCGAGUUAUAGGAAAAACUGAUCGCAGUGCUGGACAGAAAAAGAAAAAGAAAAAGCACCUUAUUACAGCUAAUUUAAGUGGUACCAGAUAUGAUGUGGUUCGUCAGAUGGUGGAAAAAGUGGGGUUUUCUGUAACUAAAGAUGAUGACCUUGGAGCCUACCUCAUCUGGAAUGAUAGUUUUGUUUCUAUGGAUCGUAUAUCUGAGUUAAAAUCAUAUCAACGUAUGAACCAUUUUCCUGGGAUGGGUGAAAUCACAAGAAAGGAUGCUUUAGCCAGAAACCUUUUAAGGUUACAAAAAGCUUUUCCUGAUGAUUAUAAUUUUAUUCCAAAAACCUGGAUCUUGCCUACUGAUCAUAGUCUUCUACUUGGAUAUGCUCGAGAUUUAAAAGCCAAGAAAAAGCAACGCACUUUUAUUGCCAAACCGUCUAAUGGUGCUCAAGGUCAUGGAAUCGCCUUGUAUAAAAAUGCUGAAAAAAUUCCCCAGACUGAACAUUUUAUCGUACAGGAAUAUAUUGAUAAACCACUAUUAUUAGAUGGUUAUAAGUUUGAUCUUCGUGUGUAUGUAUUAGUGACAUCUUGCGAUCCAUUACGUAUAUUUUUAUUAAAUGAUGGUUUAGUGAGACUUUGUACAGAGAAAUAUGUUCCACCCUCUGAUGGCAAUGUGGGUCGCUUGUUCAUGCAUUUAACUAAUUAUUCAGUCAAUAAACAUAGUGAUUCUUAUGAGAAGAGUAUGGGUGUAGAUACUGGCAGUAAACGAUCCAUAAAAUACCUCAAUGAUCAUUUACGUAAAAACGACUAUGAUGUCACAUUACUAUGGAAGAAUAUAUCAGAGAUGAUAGUUAAAACAAUGUUAGUAGCUGAACCACAUAUUUUACAUGCAUAUAGAAUGUGUCGACCUGGACAAUCACCUGCUAGUGAUAGUGUUUGUUUUGAAGUUCUUGGAUUUGAUUUUAUGAUUGAUAGAAAAUGUCGUCCAUGGCUUAUUGAGAUCAAUCGUUCACCUAGCUUUGGAACAGAUGAGAAGAUAGAUUAUGAUAUUAAAUCAUCUUUAAUAGAAGAUACACUCCAUCUUCUUAAUAUAAAAGUCAGUGAUAAGAGAAGAAAUUUAGCCAAUAUGAAAGCAGAGGCACAGAAACGAUUAUUUCGAACAACUAAAAAGGGUGAUACUGCAGACAUGACAGAACUUGAAAAAAGACGUCAUAAUAUUGCCAAGCGAAAAGAAGAAUUGAAAGAACAGCUGAAUAGAGUAAGAAAGGCAACAGCAAGAGAAGAUUAUGAGAACAGAAACCUUGGUCGCUUUCGUAGAAUAUUUCCCAGUGAUGAUAAAAUACGUCAAGAGAAAUAUUGCAAUUUAUUGAUGACGGCAUUCUCUGUUAUUUUGUCUGGUCGUGGUGCAGCCAUGCAGAAAGAAAUUCUGCAAACAUAUAAUAACAGAUUACAAGAAGAAGAUAUAACAGAUCAGAUAGAACAAUGUGAAGUAGAUGAAAAAGAAGGACGUAUAUUUACUAGUCAAGGUAGACCACCACGCAUACCAAAGCCUUUAACUAGUAUGCCAGACAAUCUACCUGUUACAGCUGAACAACGCGAAGAUGAUGAUGACAGUGACGAUCAGACAGAAUCUUUCAGCAAACGAAUUUUAACAGGUGGAUCAAGGUCAAGACCACAGUCUGUUCACCAACGAAGUAAUUCAGAAUCACCGCCGUCAAACAAAUCUGGCGGUGCUACAGGACGACCAGCCAGUAAUACCUCACUUCAGAGAACAAAAUCACUAACACGGAUUCCUGCUGCUAAUAAAACUGCUUCAUCACAAAGAACAGGCGUAGAUGAAAAUAUUUUAUCAUCUAUGGUUAAAGAAAGAGAAGAAGAAUUAACAAAGAAAACCUUGACAGCUCUUAAUGAAAUGCGAAUCAAAUUUCCUGGUAAAUCAGAUGCUGAGGCUGAUAAUUUAUUAGAUAGGUUACAUGAAAAUAUGAAGUUUCAUAAACCACGAAUAGCAUCCUAUUGGUUAGUGAAAUUAGAUUCCAUCAAACGCAGAAAAGUUAUUGACAUUGUACGAUCUAAUGUACGAGCUGUAAUACAAAGAAUAUGGAAGUGUUCCGAUAUUGACAGUCUACGAUUGUUUCGUAUAUUUAGUCGGGUUUUUAAUCGACUACUGUGGAGUCAUGGUCAAGGUCUUUGGAAUUGUUUCGCAUCUGUUGGUAAUUCAUGGGAGACUAUAUUCAGUAAAAGUUCUGAGUGUAUUAGUGAAAAUGAAAUGAAUAGUUGUCGUAGAAUAGUACAGUUAUGUAAAGAUUGCUUACUGAUAGUAUAUCAGUUUGCUACAGAGGCUAAAGCUGCCCCCAGUCAACCUACUAGUGAUACUGAAGAACAAUCACCUAUAACAUAUAAUGGAUACAGUUACCUUCCUUCCCGUGAUGCAAAACCACCUCCAACAUGGAAUCCUCAAACCUUUAGUCAACGUUAUUCAAAGCUUUAUCAAAGUAAAGUAGAAGGCAUGACAUGAUUUUGAGUCGAAUCAUCUGUUACAUUUUAACUUUUAUUAUUUUUAUACGCCCACAUUUUCAUGUGGACGUAUAUUGUCGUCGCCCCUGUCCGUCCGGACGGAUGUAGUUUGUGGAAACUCUACAGGUCACAAUUCUUAUACGAUUUUGACGAAACUUGAAAUAUAGGUUUAUCUCCAAAAGAUCUCGGUUGCUUUCGAUAUUGACGUUUUUAGCUUGUGGACCCUAUAGAGGUCAUAAUUUUUAUCCGAUUUAAAAAAACGUUUGUAUAUAUUACCAUUACACCCUAAGGAUGGUUGAAUUCAAUUUCGUAAAAAUAGGACCAAAACUGACAGACAAAAUGGCCACCCCUCUUACUCAAAUAGUGUAAAAAUAUGAUAUAUCAAGGUUGUAGACUCUCUAGAGGUCACAAUUUUCCUCUGAUUUUGAUGAAACUUGACAUGUAAGUUUAUAACCCAAAGAUCUCGGCUACUUUCGAUAUUCACACAUAUCGGACCGUAACUUCCUGAAUUAUGGCCUCUGAUUGUACAGAAAAUCGUGUUUUUAGCUUGUGGACCCUAUAGAGGUUAUAAUUUUUAUCCGAUUUCAAAAACCGUUUGAAAAUAUUACCGUUACACCCUAAGGAUGAUUGAUUUCGAAUUUCGUAAAAAUUGGACCAAAACUGAUAGACAAAAUGGCCGCCCCUCGUACUCAAAUAGCGUAAAAAUAAGGUAUAUGAAUGUUGUGGACCCUCUAGAGGUCACAAUUUUCUUUUGAUCUUGAUUAAACUUGAAAUAUAAGUUUAUAACCCAAAGAUCUUGGUUCCUUUCGAUAUUCUCGCAUAUUGGAUUGUAACUUCCUGAAUUAUGGCCACUGAUUGUACGAAAAAUCACGUUUUUAGCUUGAGGUCACAAUUAUUAUCCGAUUUAAAAAAACGUUUGAAUAUAUCACCUUUACACCCUAAAGAUGGUUGUGUUCGAAUUUCGUGAAAAUCGAACCAAAACUGAUAGACAAAAUGGCCGCCCCUCGUUCUCAAAUAGCGUAAAAAUAUCGUAUAUCAAGGUUGUGGACCCUCUAUAGACCGGAGGCUCAG